GUGAGGUCCUUCGGUACUGAAGACCGUCCCACAGACAGGCCUGCGCCUCCGAGAGAGGAGAUUUACGAGUACAUCAUUUUCCGGGGAAGUGACAUCAAGGACAUCACCGUGUGUGAGCCCCCGAAAGCUCAGCACACACUCCCUCAGGACCCCGCGAUCGUCCAAUCUUCCCUGGGCUCGGCCUCCUCCUUCCAGCCACACGUGCCUUACAGCCCCUUCAGAGGGAUGCCGCCCUACAGCCAGCUGGCCGCCAGCUCCCUGCUUAGCCAGCAGUAUGCAGCGUCCUUGGGUCUAGGAGCUGGUUUUCCAUCUGCCCCCGUCGGCAAGAGCCCCAUGGUGGAGCAGGCUGUCCAGACCGGUUCCCUCGAUAACCUGAAUGCCAGGAAGCCGUCGCCCGGCAAGGGCACAGUGGGGAUGCAGCUCAACGGGCGCCCGACCCCGCCAGGCAGCAAGAGCGCCAGCGAUGUAGCCCAGCCGGCCACAGUGCAAACCCAAGGGCAGGUGAACGACGAAAACAGAAGGCCCCAGAGGAGGAGAUCAGGGAAUAGACGAACCAGGAAUCGCUCCAGGGGGCAAAGCCGCCCAACUCACGUCAAGGAGAAUACCAUCAAGUUCGAAGGCGACUUUGAUUUUGAGAGUGCAAACGCCCAGUUCAACCGUGAGGAGCUGGACAAGGAGUUUAAGAAGAAACUGAAUUUUAAAGAUGACAAAGUGGAGAAAGGGGAGGAGAAGGACCCGACACUGGUGACCCAGAGUGACGAGGUGCCAGCCGAGGAGGACCACCUGGGGCCCAACUGCUACUACGACAAGUCCAAGUCCUUCUUCGACAAUAUCUCCUCUGAACUCAAGACCAGUUCCAGGAGGACCACAUGGGCCGAGGAGAGGAAGCUCAACACGGAGACCUUCGGGGUGUCGGGAAGGUUUCUCCGUGGCCGCGGUUUCCGGGGCGGAUUGCGAGGGGGCAGGGGCACCGGUACGACCCGGCGCAACCCUACUUCCCACCGAGCUGGGACGGGCAGAGUGUGAGGGGGCAGCCAGAGGCUCCUGCCGAAGCAGCGGAGACGAAUCUGUGAGGGCCACGGAGGACGCCGCAUUUACGGGAGACGCUGGGCCCCUCUGUUUACUGUUUGCAGAAUUCCCACGUGCUACUUUUGUUCUGGACUUCACGCGACUUGGACGUGGUCUGAGUUGGAACCACUUGUUUUGGGGAAGUGUUUAUGGGAAGCCUCUCCGGGGCAUCAAGAUCUUUUGUUCUUACUUGCACACAGUGUAAUCUAAGGUUUUGGUAUUUUGCAAAGAGGUUUCUAGAACGAAAGCUCGAUUCUCAUUUCGUGACUUUUUUUUGGCCGCUUUGACUUUGAAAGUGGAACCAAAUCUCCUUGGGCAGUGUGGCAGCCGGGCGCGGCUCUGUAAUCCAGCUGGCCCCUGGUGUUGCUGGCCUGGCACCCCCGUGCCAGGUGGGGUCUCAGGAGCCAGGCAGGGCCAGCACAGGGGUGAGGGGGUGGGUGGGUCUAGGACAGGGAAAGUGGGGUGUCCCGCAGAUCAUGUUGUAGAAGCAAACCAGGCGCCCUGGUGUCCAGAUGGUGGUGUCAGUUUUGGGGGCCGGUAGGGUGGCAGGCUGGGGGUGCAUAAGAGGGGCCCUUAACAUGAGCGAGGAGCAGAGCGUUGCUCAGAGCCCAUCUUCCAUGGGAAUUGGGAUCAGGUGGGAGCCCAGGACAAGCCCCCUGGGGGUGUCCCCGUUGUUUCUGCCACAUCCCUGCUAGCCCCUGACCUGGGUCAGCCACUGUUCAGUGUCUCAGCCACUUGGAAACAAGCCAGUCUUUCUUGCAAGGUCGGUUGACCGAGAGCAUAUUCCUGAGCUGUAAAUAGUUGUGUUUUUGUUUUACGGGGGUGGAGGGAGGGUGGGAAUUCUAAUCCACGCUGCAUGGGUAGGUGGGCCAGCCCUUCAGUGUAAGCAUGCGUCCCUGACGGCAUCGUGUUGAACACGAGCACCUUGGAGACUAAACCCCCUCGAGUAGCUGUAAGGUUUGGUUCUGUAUUAAGUUACUGUAAAAGCUUGGGUUUAUUUUUGUAGGACUUCCUGGCUAACUAAGAAUUAGAACGUAGCAACGGGGCUGCUCUGUUGGAGUACUGUAAAUUGUACUUAUAAAUAAACACACAAACCUUUAAAACUUUC